AUGUUGUUAAAGCUGCAGCAGACUCCCAAGGUAGCCCAUAUUUGGCUGAUUAUGUUGAAAAAUAUUUGGAGAAACGAAAACAAAGUGAAUCCUGGUCAUGAUACCAAUCAUGAUCUUGCUGAUCAUCAUAAUCACUAUUCUGCAGAUCAGGAAAAUCCAGUUCCCAACAAGCAAUUAUCUGCAGAAUCUAUGUUACAAAGAAGCAAGUCAUGCGGUGAAGGAAGAAGAAGGGCUCCUGCGGAUGAACUGACGCGUAGGCUGCCUAAACCAGAUGCUGCCGUUGAAGAAGACAGGAACAUGGAACCUUGCGAAAAGGGUUUCAAUUGUGAUCUUCUGUGCCUGUUCUUGCAAGUGUUUUGCACGGGAAACGGAGUAAGUCCCGGGAAUGAAGAAGUAGCGAUCGGAGAGGUCAUAUCAAGGACAGUUUCCAUGGAAAAAUUCGAAUGUGGGUCCUGGGCUUCAUCGGCCAUAUGUCGUGGCAGUGAUGAAAAUGGAGACUCCAAGCAUUUGUACUUCGAUCUGCUUGAGUUGAUCCGAAGUAGCGUUACUGACGAUGCAAAUUCAACGGUGACAGCAGCUUUUGUCUUCGACAAACAUCGUAAAGGAAUUUUAAAGAAGAAUGGCACGAGAUCAGAUGAAUCUUCUCUUCGCCAUGUUCGUUUCUCUACGCCGUGCCCUGACUCGCCAACUUUAUGCAUUUCGCCUCGAUUGCUCAAGGCAAGGGAGGACUUCACUGCUUUCCUAGAAGCACAGAGUAAAUAAAUAAAGCAUCAUGCAUUAUUCUCAGAUUGCAAUGUUUGUGUUUCUUUUUAAUGAUGCAUUUGUAUAUUUGGUCAUUUACCUUAUAAAUUUGUGCUGACCAUUUUGGCUGUGUUAGCACUUUAAUAUGGACUAUUGCAUGAUUAAUAUUUUGAAGUCCACUUAUCUAUAGCAUUUUAUGUUUCUUCACA